UGUCAAUGCUGUCAUCUGUUUAUCUAAUCUAUGGAUUGGACAGUCAUUUUUAAUUUCAGAAGGUUCCACUAAAAUUUAAACUAUUUUAAUUGUAAAAAAUGGACGAAAUUGAGAAAGAAAAAAUUGCAGCCCUGCCGUCCCAACUGCUGGUCACUACAAUUUGUCAUCCCAUGGAAUAUGCAAAAGUGUUGAUCCAACUGGGCUACGAACCUAUGCCUCCCCGCCGGUCUACAACACUUUUUGGACGUCCAGCAAUGGUGUUACCUAAUGUAUUUCAGUAUAUCAAAUAUAUCAAAACAUCAGACGGCUUCUUUGGCUGCUAUCGUGGACUGUCGGCCCGAAUUUUGGGCCUCAUUGCAUCUAGUCAGCUGACAUCGAAAGUGAUUUACGCUUGUGGUAUCAACCUCCCUGAAAUCAAUGACCCACCCAACAUUGUGACUGACGAAGAGCCUAAACUAGAAGACUACAUCAAGCUCGGCCGUCGAGACAUGAUAAUGCACACUGCGUCUGCCAUUGUAUCUUAUCCAUUCCAUGUUGUGUCCAUCAGAAUGAUGGCAUCAUUCAUCGGCAAAGAGGAAGACUACAGCAGCCUAAUUGGGGCAAUUGUUGCAAUAUAUAGAGAUGAUGGAAUUUGUGGUUUCUUCCACGGUGUGGUUCCUAAAGUUUUUGCAGAUUUGACAUGUGUAGCGGUGACUGGUAUCUUGGCCUACUAUGUCAAUAAAUAUUUGGUGAAAACUAAAGACUUGAGGUAUUACACAGUUCCACUGUUAACAUUUAUCACAAGUACAAUCACAUACCCACUGGUUGUAGUGACAACUUGUAUGGCGGUGGCUGGCUCUAGCCUUAAGGCUGGUAAUCCACCAUUGAUGCCUGCAUACCCGAAUUGGCAGACUUGUUGGAGGGACUUGCUUAGAAACAAGCAACACAAGAGAGGCUCCUCUCUUAUAUUUAGGUACUACAUUGCACCGAUUGCAGCCAUGCAGAUCCAAUAAAGCCUAGUGAUCCUAAUGAGAAAUGCAUUUAUCUAUUUGGAUUUAUUUGCUAAGUGUUAUUCCACAAUCACCAAAGUAGUCGCCUCCUGUAGAGAGUGAAAUAUGUAAAGUGAGUGUAAAUAAUUUAGUAUAAUUGGUGUAUCAUGUGGAUACUGUUUUUUGUUGAGUCGAGUUGUGGUUAUAUUAAUAAAUAUAUUUUUUCUUUGUCAA